UUGGUGCGUCAAGCAAGUGUCAGUUCCAUAGAAGAGGAAAGCCAAGGAACGAUCCACAUCAGCCUGGAGCAUAACCCAGAAACCAGCAUCCUCACUAUCAACCUCAUCCGCGCCCACAAUCUGCUCCCACGUGAUCCUGACGGCAUGGCUAACCCCUACUUCCGUUUGACCCUACUUCCGGGACAGCGAACUUCCGCCCAAUGUCGGAUUCAUCGGAAAACCCUAAACCCCGUUCUUGAAGAGGAGUUUAUAUUUGAGCUCAGUUCGGAAGAGGUGGCGACCACGACGCUGGAAUUACUGCUUUACGAAUAUGACCAGUUUUCUACGGACGAAUGUGUCGGAUAUGUCCGGAUUCCUUUGGAUAAUUUAGAUUUAAGUUCCAGGCUUGAUUUGUGGAGAUCGAUAUCACCGUAUGAAAAGCCAAAGGAUAAGGAUCUGGGAGACGUGAUGUUCUCGGUCAGCUACCUGCCCAGCGCUGAACGUCUGACCGUGGUGGUUGUUCGCGCCAGAAAUCUGAGGCUUGCAGACGACAGCAAAGUUGACCUUAAUCCGUUUAUCAAAGUCUGUAUCUCCUCGGGCACCAAAAAGCUCAAGAAGAAGAAAACCUCCACAGCUCAUGGAACCAACUCUCCCACCUGGAACGAAGCCCUCGUCUUCAGUGUACACCGAGAAAAGCUCAAGAACAUCGCCAUGGAGGUGGCCGCUUACCACGACAACAAGCUCGGCAGUGACGAAUGUAUCGGCCGGGUUCGACUCCCACCGGACUCGGAAGACGGCAUUCAUUGCCAGGAACUUCUGACGGAAAAAUCCAUGCCGGCAAGAUGGUACAGUCUGGGAUAA